AAUAAACACUGCCAACCACGACAACACUCCCCACGCAGCUGUUGCUGAUCCCUUCCAAUCGACUCCCAGCACACUCCCUCCGGUCGCUUGCUUAUUGCGCGCCUCUUCAGCCCUUCAGCCCAGGGCCAUGUCUGUUUCGCGGUGACGUGGGCGGUCCUUCAGUCGAACCCACUUUGCAGUCACAAGAUGCUCGCUGUGCCCUGACUCUUCACGGUUACCUACAGGUCACACAUCAACCUGAGGCCGCGCUCAGCCCCAGAAGAAGAGUGGAGGUCGUGGAAGUUGGUGCAGCGCGGCGCAUCCGGAGCGUCUGCCUGGCAAGCAUUCAGUCGCUCUUAAACCUCACGAUCGGAACAUAACAAACGACGCUUCAUAUCCCACGUCGUCCACACUGUCGCCUCCACCAUGGUUCAGGCCGAUGCGAGUCGAAACUACUACGCAGACCUCGGUGUCUCUCCCAAUGCAGACGAAAACGAGAUCCGGAGGGCCUUCCGGCAGCUUGCCCUACGCCAUCACCCAGAUCGCAAUCCUGGACGCGAGGCUGACGCUGUCAUCAAGUUCCAGCAGAUCCAAGCGGCGCACGAGAUAUUGAUCGAUCCAACGCAACGCGCAAAGUAUGACCAGGCACGGAGGAGAUAUCGGGCGACUACUAUGCCGUCGAGCGCUGCUGAGUCGCCGCGAGCCCGCCCACCUCCGCAACGAAAUCCAUAUACUACCACCACUUCCAGCGGGUCAUAUUACCGCCCUAACCCACCGCGCCCUCAACCCCAGCAUCACCAUGCAAGCUAUACCAAUGGCGCAGACAGAUUCACCAGCAACAACUUCCGUACUCCACCCACGGCGCAGCGACCAAGCACGAGGCCCACCGAAGCGGAAAAGGCGAACGUAUUCACGGCAUGGCAGAAAAUGCGAGGCGGUGAAGAACAACGUGCAAAAGAGGCGAGAGCACGAGCAGCGAAGGCCGCAAACCCGAACAAUCCGAAUGGUACACCUUUUGGACGUAGUCAAAGUAUGAGGACACCGUCUAAGAAAGGGUUUGAUCCGGCAACGCCAGGAGGAGAUGAAGGUCAAGCACGUUCGUCGUAUCGUGCAAGCUAUGAGAGGCCAAUGCCAUCAGCUCCGCCCACGGCAGAUGCUUCAGCGCGCUCUGGCGAGAACAGCACCAGUAACGAUGGCCCGGAUGUUCCCUAUGCGGAGGGCAACCGAGUGCGGACACCAUACUUUUCCAAGGUGGGAGAUCGUACUUCGGUAUUCGGGGACGGGAUAGGCAGAUCUGCGAGUGUACGGAAUUCGCCUACACAAAGGCAGGCAGCUUCGAUGGACGGGAGAUCAUCCUCAGAUUCCGGACGGACAGGACAAAAGUCUGGAGUCAAUGGCACAGCCCCGAAUCCGUUCCCGCAAAUGUAUCCUUCAAGCUCAAGUGAAGAUGAAUCCGAGGACGACAUUCGCCGGUUCGCAAGGAGGGGCGCAGAUUCAAGACCGAAGGUUUCCCCUAACCAGCGUAGGACGCGGACAUCGGGAAUCUCCGGUGUCAGCACUGCUGCAGCGUCCUAUGCAACGCCCAAGCCUUUCCAUAGUCGGAGUGAGGAAAGCAUAAAUGUCAAGUUUUCCCCUGGAGAAUGGCAGGGCAAGUUCGAGGGGAACCCCGACUACUUCGCUCCAAAGGGACAGAAAGCAACAUCGCCGACCCGAGGAAGGCCCUCGACGCGGACAACCGCUCAGAGGAGUCAGUAUGCAAACAAGUCGCAACCGCCUCCUCCUAUGCCGGCCUUUGCUGUGCCACCGUUCCCGAAUAUGCCGCCACCGCCCCCACCCCCUUUGAAUACACAAACAACAUCUUCAAUGAAAUUUUCGCCGGAGAAGUGGGCUGGUACUUUCCAAUCUCCCCACUUUGCCAUGCCGCAACCGCCCAAGGAGACUUCGCCUCGUCGGGGUUCCAACGUAACGAAGAAACCGAAAGCUAAUGCUCGCAAAGCAGCCGCAGCAGCCGCAGCAGCCGCCACAGCAGCAGCAUCAAGUUCGACCUCAGUCGACUCUGAACCGGAGGGUCGCAAGGCCAAAUAUCAAGCCUUUGCGGAAGAGGCCAAUGAUGAUGCAAUGGACAUCGACUCCACUACACCACCACCUGGUACGCCCAUCAGGUUUGCUACCCCGACGGGCGGAGCUACGUCGUCCCCCCUUGCCUCAGUCCCUACACCGAGUGCUUCUGUACCGAACGGUCCUACACCCAACGGAACUGCCCAUGCACCCCAAAUUGGCCCAGACGGCCCACCCGCUGCUGGACUCAAUGGACUCUCUGGGUUGCGCAAUGUCGAGCCUCUGGCGCCAUCCAACGGCGCCGGCCUCUCGGGCCUAGAUGAUCUGGGAGACACGCUGCCGUUCCCCUCGAGAGCAUCGAAUGCGCAUCCUACGAAGCCCAACUCGGCACAGAAACUGAAAUACCCUACCGUCCCGAGCGCCCCUGCCGUGCCCGCAAAACUGGACGAUAUCUCGGUGAGAACCUACCUCACGCAAAUGGAACGCUACGUCCAAAUCUACCGCGAGUACAACAAAACCAUGACCAAGCACUUUCUCUCGCGCGAAGCUGAAUUGGAAUCCCUCGAUGAGCACUUCAUCCUCCACCGGGGCGAGACGACGACGAAGCUGGGGUUUGCGAGCUACAUGCGCAAGCUGGAGGAGGACGAGAAGGUGAUGGAGACGUGGAAGCUGGCGCAGGAGAUGCACAUGCAGGCGAUGCAGAAGUGCGAGGAGGUGCGGAAUAAGACGAUGAAAUCUCAGGAGAAGUCGCCUCAUGGCUUCGUGGCAGGUGCCUUGGAAAGGCAGCGGAAACGGAUGAGAGCAUGAACUGAAUGAUAGAAUCGCUAUUUCGGUAGCUGGGUCACAGGUGGUGUUUUGGAUCGCAGCGGCAUGGCUGCGGCUUUGGAUAAGUGAUACCCCGGGUUAUCUUGGUGGUGUGCAAGAGGGUAGGCGAUACAUGGAGAAGUGGGCUUGGGAAGAUUACAUUUUGAAAGGGGCCACGCAUGGGAAUGCAUAUGCACUACAAGUGCAAUGGAAACGGUGAAACGGGACAGACGAAAUGAGGGAAGGCCAAUACAUGACUUAUUUUGUCUUGUUGGUGUUUGCAGAGGCAUUGUACAUGCGAGGUUAUUCCAAGAGGACAUUUGAGGAGCUUGGCAUGUACUAUGUAGGCAGUCGGGGUGAUUGCUACUCUUGUAGUUCCACAAAUCUGGCCUCUUAUGGGUGCACAAGAAGGC